AUGCUCAAUAAUGCCUUUCGAUCUCAUGCAAGACUUUGCGUAAAGGAACGAGAAUCCGCUGGUCCUUCACGUAUGAAAGAUGACCUGAUGAAUAAAAAAGAAUUCAUGGAUCGUACACAGCUUGCGGAAGAUAUGAAGGAGACCCACGGUUUACGUCUGAAAGGAAGCGUUUUGAACGUUAUUCGUGAGGAUCAAGAUGUAAGUACAUUGAAAGCGGAGCCAAGCGAAGCGGAGCAGAUGAAGGCCUUCCUAGCGAGCCUAAGUGAUAAGGAGAAGAAGAAACUCAUGAAGUAG